CAGCCAUUGCUGAAUCACUGAGUAAAACGAGGUUUUGAGAGAAUCUAAUCUAACAGCCAUGUCUUCCGAUACAGAUGUAGUUAAAUCUAGCAUUGGUAGCCCAGAUUUCCUUCAAGAGAUGCUGCCUGCUGCAGAGAAGACAGCUCUGUUGUACAAAAUUUCCUACUUGUGCCUGGCCAAAUUCCCUACUCUGGAGAAGAUCAUCAGAGCAAAUGCUGUGGAGACCCAGAUGGUCUUCUCCUCCUCGGAGUCUCUGCUUUUGAUGUGUGUGAGCACCAGUGACAACAUGGUCAACACAUUAUUUCCCAUGCUGAAGGCUGCUGUAAAGAAAGAGAAUGCACUAGUGGCCACCCAAUUCCUGCAGAAGGCCAGAGUGUGGAUACAUGAUAUCAUUAAAGAAGUUGAGCGGGUGGUAAAUGCCUACACAAAUCUCAACCACGGUGUGGCAAGUGCUACCAGCGACGUUAACUCAACCAAAAAGGAAACCGAUGACAAGAUUAAACAGUUGACCAAUGAACAGAAGAGUCUGCAGACUGCCGUUGAUUCUUACACAGCAAAACUUAAUAACAUCCAGAGGGAGCUGAACGACUGCAAUAACCAAAUCAACAAUGCUGAAAGGGAAAUGCAAAAUCUGGUCAACAGCAUUAGCUGUAGAAAUUCAAAGUUUGGCAUAUUUGCUGCCGUGUGUCCAUUCAUAGGCUGGAUUGUCAAUGCUGGCCAUAGGGCAAUCAAUGACCCUAAAGACAAUGCAGCGAUUGAAACUGCCAAGAGCAAAUUAAAUAAUCUUCAACAGAACAAAUCCCAGUUAAACAGUAAGGAGUGGAUGGCCCAAACAGAGCUGAUGAAAAACCAGAUGCAACUGACAAGAGUGCUGUUCCAGACCCUGUCCAUCUUGCUGAGGUUCAAACAUACCUGA